CUGACUGGCUGGGGCGCGCCCGCUGGGGUAGGCUGCGCGCCGGAUAUAUGUAGCCGGAGGCAGAGCACGCCGCUGCGUGAGGCGCUUCUCGUCCGCCGGGCCCUGUGGUGAAGCGGCGCCUCCGCUCCCGUCCCGCUCUGCCCGCAGGUGCCUAUAUAAAAUUGGCAGAGUUGAAGUAAUUAUUUGAUUUCCUGGAGUACCUACUAGUAGACUUGAUAACCUUAAGCUACCUCAUUGUGUAAUUAAAAAGAAAACCAGAAGUCUGAUCCUCAGUUUUCAGUUGACCAAAGAAAUGGUGAUGGAGAAGCCAAGUCCCCUGCUGGUCGGGCGGGAGUUCGUGAGGCAGUACUAUACCCUGCUGAACCAAGCACCUGACUAUUUGCACAGGUUUUAUGGAAAGAACUCUUCCUACGUCCAUGGUGGCUUGGAUUCCAAUGGAAAACCAGCUGAUGCAGUCUAUGGGCAAUCUGAUAUCCACAAGAAGGUGCUGUCACUAAACUUCAAGGAUUGCCACACAAAGAUCCGUCACGUGGACGCCCACGCCACACUCAAUGAUGGUGUGGUGGUGCAGGUGAUGGGGGAGCUCUCCAAUAACAUGCAGCCCGUGCGCAGGUUCAUGCAGACCUUCGUGCUUGCUCCUGAGGGCUCUGUUGCAAACAAGUUCUAUGUCCACAACGAUAUCUUCCGCUACCAGGACGAGGUUUUUGGGGACUCUGAUACUGAGCCUCCAGAGGAAUCUGAGGAGGAAGGGGAGGAACCUGAGGAAAGACAGCAGACACCUGAGGCUGUUCCUGAUGAUAGUGGUGCUUAUUAUGAGCAGGCUGUCAGCAAUGACAUUGAGGAACACCUGGAAGAGACAGCUGCAGAGGCAGAGCCUGAGCCAGAGGCAGAACCUGAACAGGAACCUGAACCAGAGGUGCAGGAAGAAAAGUCUGAGCCAGUAUUAGAGGAAUCUGCUCCAGAAGAGACUGUGGAAAAGAGUCCUUCUCCAGCUCCUGCUGAUCCAGCUCCUGCAGUGCAAGAGGACUCCAGGACAUUUUCCUGGGCAUCAGUAACCAGCAAGAACCUUCCUCCCAGUGGGGCUGUCCCAGUAUCAGGAAUACCACCUCAUGUUGUGAAAGUACCGGUCUCGCAGCCCCGCCCUGAGGCAAAGCCUGAAUCUCAGACCCCCCCUCAGAGACCUCAGAGGGAUCAGCGAGUGAGGGAGCAGCGAACGAGCAUCCCACCUCAGCGGGGUCCUAGGCCAAUUCGUGAGGGUGAACAAGGCGAUGUGGAAACCAGGCGGAUUGUGAGAUACCCAGACAGUCAUCAGCUGUUUGUUGGGAACCUUCCCCAUGAUGUGGAUAAAUCUGAACUUAAAGACUUCUUCCAAAAACUUGGCUUUUCUCUUGCAGGCUAUGGCAAUGUUGUUGAACUCCGCAUCAACAGUGGUGGAAAGCUCCCUAAUUUUGGGUUUGUGGUGUUUGAUGAUCCUGAGCCUGUUCAGAAGAUCCUUAGCAACAGGCCCAUCAUGUUCAGGGGAGAGGUGCGCCUGAACGUGGAGGAGAAGAAAACACGAGCUGCCAGGGAGGGUGACCGCAGAGAUAACAGACCCCGUGGACCUGGAGGCACUCGUGGGGGGCUGGGAGGUGGGAUUCGAGGGCCUCCACGUGGAGGAAUGUCCCAGAAGCCAGGAUUUGGAGCUGGAAGGGGGAUCGGGCAACGCCAGUGAAUUCAUCGCGGAUGUUGACGUGGUGGCGCAAACCCUUUUUCCUGCAGAUUUGUGAAUUUCAGCCUUGGGUAUCUUGGAAUGUGGCCCUAGCCUGUUAUAGACUGCUACGUUUGAUACUAUUUUGGCCCCUUUUUGUUUGUGUUAUGGUUCUGUGAUUUAUUUUUUCUAGUCCUUGUCCCAGAUUCCAGCUUUGUGGAACAACGUUUUAGGAAAAGUGGAUUUUAAAAAGAAAAGAACUGAAUUUUCUUUUUCACCUCAAACUUACGGACUGAUUUUUUGUUUUUUUGGUACCAGUGGUUUUUCCUAAAGGAAUGUCUUUCUUUUUUCUUCUAUUUUUUUUUCCUCCCCUCUUUCUAAUGAAUUUGGGUGCAGUCAGCGGAAUAAUAUUUCACGUGCAUGCGUUCAAGAGCCUGUAGGAAAACAUAGUUCUUGGCAAGUAUUCCAAGGGCAGAAAAGCAAAACUCUUGGUGUUUCUUUGAGGGUCAUAUGAACAUCCUCUGGUGUGGAGACAUUGCCACUUGAAAAAAUUGACUUUCACCUUUCUCUCUGUGGCGCUGUAAAAGUGGAAUAAUGGGUAUCCGUAGAAUCUCUUUUCCUUUUGAUACAUGAUCACAGCAAGGAAUUCGAACUACUGUUUUACCACUCUGAAAUUUUGGAUUGUGGGAUAGGUUUUAAAUGUCUAGAACUUGACUCUUCAAACACUUUUCCUGAACUUGUGAAAUUUUUUAUUGAAAUAGGGAGUUUUUUUCAUGUUUAGUUUGUAUUUGUAUAAAAAAAAGCAAAAUUGUUGUGCCUUCUAUUUAUCUCUCAUUCCAGUUUUGGCAAAUUGUUUAAAAAAAAUAAAAUAAAAAAGGUCUAGAUUUGCUUUAUGAA